AUGUCCUGGCGAAGUGAUAUUCGUAUUAUAAUUGGUUUAGAUUUCGGUACCACUUUCUCAGGAUUCGCUUACUGUCAUAUAUCAGACACUAACGAUAUCUGUACAAAUGAUAAGUGGCCUGGGGAAGUUGGUCAAUUGAAGACGAAUACAGUUCUCCAGUAUGACUCUAGCUUUACAAAUGUCGAACAAUGGGGAAAUCCAGCAUUAUCUAAACGACCAAGUCGAAGGAAUAGAAAUAAAUCGAAACCUGUUGAAUUAUUUAAAUUACAUCUGGGCAAUUUACAGGAAGAUCUUAGACCUAAACUUCCAGUUAAUUAUAAGAAAGCGAUCACGGACUAUCUUCGUGAAUUUGGAAAGCUAAUCAAUGUAACGAUUAAUGAACGAUGGACUGGGAUUAACUUUACCGAAAAUGUUCUUUUAGUUUUCACCGUUCCCGCUGAAUAUACGGAAAAAGACAAAGCUAUAAUGAGAGAAUGCGCAUUUAAUGCUAAAUUAAUUGGAGAUAAAAGUUCGCAAAAAUUACAAUUUACUACAGAACCCGAAGCAGCAGCGCUUUAUUGUAUGGAAAAUAAAUUAAAGGAAUAUGAUUUGUUAACUACAGGAACGACUUUUAUGAUCGUUGACUGCGGUGGCGGGACCGUCGAUUUAACCACUCGCAAGCUAAUUGGAACUAAGGAAUUGGGUGAAAUCACCGAACGUAUUGGAGAUUUUUGCGGAAGCACAUUUAUUGAUAAAAGUAUUGUUGAAUUUUUACGGGACAAACUUGGAAGUCACGCCAUAAAUUUAUUAAUGGAAAAUCACUAUGAACAAUUUCAUUAUAUGGUUCAACAGUUUUGUCGACGUGUAAAGUUGCCUUUUACCGGAGAAGAUGAAGGAUUUCUUUAUGAAUUAGAUAUCGAAGAAACUGCCCCAAUUUUAUUACAGUAUGUUAGUAAAGAAACAGAAAAUCUUAUGGAGGAUAAUGAAUGGUUAAUUGAGAUCAAAUAUAACGACGUAAAAACAAUGUUUGAUCCUAUUAUCGAUAGAAUUAUUCGCAUGAUACAUAUACAACUUUUAAAUAAUCAAGGAACGUGUUCAGCAAUAUUUAUAGUUGGAGGUUUUGGUCAAUCAAAAUAUUUACAAAGAAGAAUCCAAAAAGAAUUUCAACAUAAAGUGAAAACGAUUUCAGUUCCUAAUCAACCCGUGGCAGCAAUUGUACGUGGAGCAACCAUAUACGGAUUAAGUUUAAAGAAUUCUUCUAAUACAGAUAAAAUGAAUAAAAUUAAAUUCAUGAUUUCUACUCGUAUACUGAAGUAUACAUAUGGAGUACAAAUAUUUCCAUUGUGGAAAGAAGGAGACCCCCCUCACCGAAAAGAUGCAAAUGGACGUAUUGCUACUUUCAAUAAUAUUGUAAAAAGAGGAACAGAAGUAAAGGUCGACCAAGAUUUUAGUUCAAGUUUUGUUCCGGUCAAUCCAAAUCAAACAGGAAUAACUUUUCAUGUAUAUUAUACACCUGAAGAUGAUGCAACAUAUUGCGAUGAUCUUGGAGUAGAAUUAUUAGGAACACUUUGCAUUGACCUUCCCGACGCUAGUUUAGCUUAUAGACCGGUUACCUUUGGAUUUUCUUUUGGACAAAUGGAAAUUACAGCAUUCGCAAAGAAUAAACUUAAUGGACAAAAUUUCCAAACAAAAUUCGAUUUAUUAAAGGAUCCUUGA